CAAAACCCUAAAACGCAAACAUUUUAAGAACUCUGUUCUUUAAUUUAAUAAUGUCUCCUGGAUUUCCCAUCAAAGCUAGAGGACUAGGUCAUAGCACUAACGGAGGAGGAACAGGGACGAAGUGUGGACGGUGGAAUCCUACGGUGGAGCAAGUGAAGCUUCUGACGGAUCUGUUCAAGGCGGGGCUGCGAACACCGAGCACCGAUCAGAUUCAGAAGAUCUCUACGGAGCUGAGUUUCUACGGUAAGAUCGAGAGCAAGAACGUGUUCUAUUGGUUCCAAAACCAUAAAGCUAGGGAGAGACAAAAGCACCGCAAAAUCUCCUCCGUUGAUUUUGAUCAUCGUCAAUACAAAGAUCUCUCUGCUAGUCCUCAUCGAUACAGACCACGUCUUCAUCAACCACAACGUAAAGAUAUUUUUGAAGUUUGUGACGAAGAAGAAGAGAAAGUGACACAGACGUUGCAACUUUUCCCAUUAACGAAGGUUGAGAGAGCAAACGUUACUGCUGGGAGCCACAGCGUAUACACACGAGAGCAAGCCUAUACGACGGCGUUUUCCACAUACUCAACAUGUGGAGCUGAGAUGGAACACCCGCCGUUGGAUCUCCGAUUAAGCUUUCUAUGAAAUCGAUUGCUUUUGAUAUUAACGACUCUAGUGGAUGGGGAAAAUAAAAUAAAGGCAUGAGAUCACAAUUAGUUUAGAACUAGCUACCUAUAGAUUUUGGUCUUUAUAUGCAUGAGAUAAUUAAUUAGACCCUAUUUUGGAACUAUAUGUUUUUUUUUUUU